CACGACGGCGGAGGGUAAUUGCAGAGCGAGGGGUGUGAGGUGUUCAAGAUGGCGGCGCCCUGUGGAGUGCAGUUACUCUAACAGGGAGGAGUUUUGAUUGAUUGUGACUGAAGAAGGCCUGUCUUCACUGAGUGUUGUCUUCCAGCUGUGCUUGCCUGUCAGAAUCUGUCAGCACCACAGAACACUCAUUCUUCAACUAAUCCCUGAGAUGAAGGACCAGUGGUGUUAAAGUGACCCAUGCCUCACGGCAGUGAAAUAUUAACUUGAGAUGUCAGCUGCUGAUCUGGUUGAAUUAAUUAAGGGGUGGUGCCUGGAGACUGUUUCGGCAGGCGGCCUCGGGACCCCGGUGCCGCAGGACCGGAGGGUGUGUGACCGCAACUGAGCCGACCCUCCCCCUCCCCCUUCCCCUCCCCUCCCCCGUCCUGUGCCUCACACCCCUGCCCCCUCGGCUGCAGUGUCUAGGAGCGGCGCCUGUUGCCUUGACACGCACGCCCCGCGCCCACCUCUACUGACACCUCCGCCAUGGCCCGGGAGCAGCCCCUCGUGGGGGACCUGCUUCCUCUCUUGGAGUCCUCUGACCUAAGGCAGCUGGAGGAGAUCAAGGGUCUGAUCAACGAACACCUCAGCUCCGAGCGUGGGUCGGUGCUACUUAACACUCUUGUGGACUACUUCCUGGAGACCAACUCCGCCCAGGCCAUGCACAUCCUGUCCUCAGUGAGAGAGCCACAUGAUAAGCACCUUCUGGAUAAGAUGAACGAGUGCAUGGCCAAGCACUCGUGCCGGCUGCCCACACUCAACCUGCUGGGGCACGUCGUCAGGAAGCAGCCGUCCUGGAUCCACAAGAUCGCCCGCUACCCCCUGCUGCUCUCGCUCCUCAAAUGCCUCAAGACGGAUACCGAUGUGGUGGUGCUCAUAACUGGAGUCCUGGUGCUCAUCACCCUCCUACCCAUGAUCCCUCAGGCAGGAAAACAACACCUGUACGAGUUUUUCGACAUUUUUGGACGACUCGCAUCUUGGAACCUCAAGAAUCCAGGCCAUGUGUCGGAGGUGUACCUGAUCCAUCUGCAUGCGAGUGUGUACUCUCUGUUCCAUCGGCUGUAUGGCAUGUACCCUUGCAACUUUGUCUCCUACCUGCGCUCCCACUACAGCAUGAAGGAGAACGUGGAGACCUUCGAGGAGGUGGUGAAGCCAAUGCUGGAACAUGUUCGCAUCCACCCAGAAUUAGUGACUGGAACCAAGGACCAUGAGCUGGACCCAACAAGGUGGAAGCGCUUUGAGGUUCACGACAUCGUUAUUGAGUGUGCCAAAGUGUCCCUGGACCCCAAGGAGUCAUCAUGCGAAGAGGGCUAUGCCACCAUGCCCGAGCACUUCUCUGCCCAUCUGCAGCUUCGGCCGACAGACUGCACUGCCAGCACUGCCAGCCCCUACACUGACUUCCACAGCAGCUAUGGCAGUUCCUCCUCCACCCAGUUCUCCACCCCUCGCCAAUCGGGGCCCCCACCCCUCUCCUUGCCCCCGCUCUCAGGGACCCAGUGCAGGAGCCCACCGAGCACGCGACGCCAGAACUCUAGCUGUGAAUAUAACUCCACGUAUGGCAUGAAGGACCCCCUCUGGAGCCCCUCCUCCCUGUGUGGUAUGGCCACACCCCCUUCCUCGCGCGGCAUGUCGCCCAACCCAGAGCUAUCCCACAGUGCCUCUCACCUGCCAAGCCGCGUCCAGAACACCUCGGCUGGAGGGAAAGGGACCCCGUCCUCCAGCACCCCAGCAGCUUCUUCCCCUCCCCCGUCCCUCUCAGACGAGUUCCCACCCAUCUCUCUGGCCCAGACAGCCAGCCCCACAUGCAAGGAUGGCAAAGCUGGAGAGUCAAACAAGCACCACUUGGUCAGACAGGAUCCAAUCAGAGAGCUGGACAAAGGAGAUGCAGAAGUGAACAACCACAGAGACGGAGCAGGAAAGGGCUCCUCCAUGACCCUGACCGAGCUGUCGGUCUACAUGAAAGAACAGGAGCAGUUACGCACGGAGAAGGAGCGAGAGGAAGCUGCCAUCACAGAGGAGCUUCUGCAGCUGACGGAGGACAAGCGUGAUCCCUCGGUUCUCCGCGGCUUCGACUCGCCCUUCCUCCGGACCACCGAGACGCUGACCAGCGCCGUGGACGACAAACCAGCCGUUGGCCCCGCCGCCCUGACCUCCUCCUUCUCACGCGACGGCCCCCUCCACCCUCUCCACCCUCUGCACCUCCUCAACACCACUUCCACUCCCACAUCCACCCAGGACAAAACUGGCAGUGACGGCGGCGGCCAGCGCAGGGGCAGCCGCGGCCUCUCCCAAGACGGUGUCCUGCCCUGGGCCUUCCAGCCCGUCUUCACCCCCAUCGAGGCGGCGGGGCCGACCGGCGGGGGAGGCGAUCAGACGCUCCAGCGCAGCCCCUGCGCCUCUAUGACCACCACAGAGGAGGACAUCCUUAAGAUGGGCAUGCUCUCCCCCAGCCCCUGCCGGCCGACGCCCGCACUGCCCUACGAGGCGCUGUUCGACCUGGCCCUCCCGCGCGCCGCCUCACUCUUCGUCGCGAGGAAGACCCUGGAGGCCACACAAAGGGCCACUGUAGAGUGGAAAGGGCAGAGAGGAGGAGGAGGAGGAGGAGGAGGAGGAGGAGGGGGAGGGGGAGGGGGAGUAGUAGGAUUUGGGUUUGGGGAGGGGGAGGAAGAAGAGUCUGAUCUGGGAAAGCUAAUGUGGAGAGAUGGGGAGGUGGACGGAGAGUUGGGGCUGGGCGACGGGGAGGGUGAUGGGGAGCUGAGUGCAGCCACAGCCUCCCCCCUGGAGGUUCUGGAUCGCCUCGUGCAGCAGGGGAACGACGUCCACGACAAGGUGCUAAAGAGAUUACCUUUGCCAAGCAAAUCAGCUGACUGGACACACUUUGGAGGUAAACAGCAUCAUUGCUCCGCACCUCUGGACGAACUGCACACGCUGCGCAGCCAGCUGCUCCUGUUGCACAACCAGCUGCUGUUCGAGCGGUACAAGCGCGAGCAGCACGCCGUCCGCAACCGCCGGCUGCUGCGGCGCAUCAUCAACGCCACCGCGCUCGAGGAGCAGAACAAUGCCAUGAAGGAGCAGAUGAACCUGCAGAGUGUGGAGAUGCUGUCGCUGCGGGACAGCCUGGUGGUGGAGCAGCAGCGCUACAGGCAGCUGUGGGAGGACAGGGAGGCCCUCGUCACCAGACUCCACAGCCAGGUCCGCCAGCUGCAGCAGAGCCGCGACGACCACUACACCAAGAACCAGGAGCUGCAGAGCAAACUGCAGGAGUGCCAGAAGCAGAUGGGGGAGAUGGAGGCUGAGCUUCAGAGAGCCAACAACAAGGUGUGCCACACCGGGCACCUGCUGAACCAGCUGACUGCCAAGCUGUUGACGAGCGAGAGCACACAGCAGCAGAUGAGCCUACUCAGCAAGCAGCUCCUGCUGCUGGGAGAAGCCCACAAGCUGUGUGUGCAGGAGCUCCAGCACUCGGGCCCUGACACCCGUAAGGAGAAGCAGAUGCUGCAGGUGGCCAGCAGUAAAGAGGCGGAGCGUCUGCGGCAGAACCUGCUCUCCCAGGCCCAGAAGCUGGAGGCGGCCCAGCAGCGCGCCGCGGAGCUGGAGACGCAGCUCUCCAAGAAAGAGCACCUUAUCGCCGAGCAGAAGAAGUUCCUGGAGGACGUCAAGCUGCAGGCCAAAGGGGAGCUGCAAUCGUCAGAGAGCCGGUACCAGGCGCAGCGGCACGUGACGCAGGCCCUCCAGGCCGAACUGCUGCAGCUGUACAGCCGGCUGGAGAUGGAGGCUCCCGCCAACACCCCCAACUCUCCAGCAGGGAGAGACACCGAGAUCUACGGCCCCACAGAGGCCAGCGUCUCCAUCCCUGACGGCCCGGUCAAGGCCACCACCAAAGAGGGGCCGGACGCCCAGACCUCCUCCCCUCCCCCGCGCAACGGUAACGCCAGCACUUUAUCGCCCGGGCAACUCAAGGCCAAGCCCUCCCCAUCUUCCUCCUCAUCCCCGUCCUCGGUCUCCUCCUCUUCCUCCUCUGUCUCCGCCACCUCCUCAGCCACCACCUCCUUCUUAGCCACCAACUCCAUCAACGGCAGCCGAGACGGCCCCCAGCCCCCUCAGCUGCUGGAGCCCCCCCUGCUGGCGGUUCCACCCUGCGGUGCCCCCCCCCACGACGAGCCCCUCACUGUGGGCUCCUACCCCAGCGCCAAGAGCUUCCUGGGCAUGCGGGCGCGCGAGCUCUUCCGCAACAAGAGCGAGAGCCGGUGCGGCGAUGAGGAAGAGGAGGAUGAAGGAAGUGGAUCAGGAGAAGGAGGAGGAGAGGAAGGACAGGAAGGACAGGGCGGAGAGGGAGGCCGGGCGCAUACUGCCCCGCGCCGCCUCACCAGCCUCUCCCAAGCUCUGAAGACUGAGAUGUGCGUGGAGCCUCCGCCACCUGCGCCCAGUUCAGCAUCUCUGCCACCCAGCCCCCACAAGCAGCAGCAGAAACAGCAGCAGACACAGCAGCAGUGCCCAGCUCAGGGCAGUGCCAACCCAGCCACCCCCCCUCCUCCUUCUGCCCCCGCAGCCUGUGCUCAGGGCCCUGGGCUCCGGUCCUCACCCGCCAAGAAGGCCCGACCAGACGCCCAGCAGAGGGCCAACAGUCGGGAAAGGUUGAUGUCGGGGAGUGGGCCAGGGGUGGGCUCACCGGCCAGCGCCAGAAGGCCCAGGCAAAAGCAGCUGAAGAUUAUGGACUACAACGAGACACACCAGGAGAGCAGUUAAAAGAGAGAGAAAGAUGGAGCAAAGGUGAAGGAGAGAGAGAGAGAGAGAGAGUGAGAGAGAGAAGGAGAGAUAAGAGGCGAGAUAUUGACUGACUGGAUAUAGAAACAGAGCUCAAGUUAGUGAUGGAAAGAACUGCUGGCUUCUAACAGGAAAAGAACGAUUAAGGCAAGACUUUUUUUGAUUUUCAGUGUUAUUUGUUCCAUUCCCUCGAGUGGACAACAGGAUUUUGGACCAUCUUUCUUUUGGCUUCUUUUUUUGUUAUUUACUCCCUUAACAAAACUGGAAGAAAAAAUGGUGGAGGAUUCACCUGGUGCAGUUACAAUUGUUCACCAGCAGAGGGCUCUCAGUGUUUCUCUCAUUUGGCCUCUCAUCAAGUCCAUUCUCAAAAGCCUCUGCACUUAGCAACACUUAGCACUCAGUGUUAGCAUCCGUUAGUCAUCUGUAUGAAUAAGCUUUUUACCACAACCUGCCCACAGCAAGACUACAGUCUCAACACACUCCCCGACAUCAGCCGCUAACAGCCGUCAUUAAAAAGUGCUAUGUUUUUUGAGCAAUAUCUUACUUUGAAGGAAUAGAGGUCCUUGUUGGGCACUGAUGAUUUGCUAUUGAAUUUAGGGGAAUAUCCAGUGUUUAUAUCCAAGUCAUUGCACUCCACACUUUUAUUUCAGACAUCCCAGUUCAAAUCCAAGUGGAACAUCAAGUAGAACCGAAUCAAAGACAGUGAAAUCAUGCAUAUCUCUCAUCACAGUGUGACUUUGCCAACAUCAGUGAACAUAUGAAGGUGUGUCUGUGUGUGUGUGUGUGUGUGUGUGUGUGUGUGUGUGUGUGUGUGUGUCUUUCCUUCCAUUGUGUAACAGUUUAGAAAGCAGAAUCAACUUUCAGGACUGUAGAAGUGCAGAGGCGUUUUUUUAUUAAGCUAGAAGUUUUAAAUUAUUUAUUCUCUUGUCUCUUAAUUUCUUGCUGCCUUCCUGUCCCCAUUGUGCAUGCUGUGUUCUGCUCGAAGAGAGAGAGGGAGAGAGAGGUUGUCAAGGGCACUAAACGAACUUUGUUUCACUAAUAAGGUUCCAAGCGUGAGGGAAAUGUGAUGGAGGACAUGGGCGACGUUAGCAUGUCUUCCUCUGUGGGAGAGACAGCACAGAGUCUGACAAAUCUCAAGAGUACAGCUCUUCAUUAAGACAUCUUCCUCUCACAGACAGGUCAAGCACUGUUGACAGCAAGCAGCUGAUAUCAUACCAGAACACAUCAUGAGGGGGGCUGUUCUCCAGCGGUUUGUGAACCUACCCCUUAUGGGUGACCGUUUGACCCCGCCACUUCCCCACAGUACGCCCGAUAACCUCCCAGUAUCUUGUGUUGUCCAGCCUCCACCCCAUUCACCCCUUGGUAAACGCUGCUUUGGCCAUGGCCCUUCAUGAACAGCUGAUGAAAUUGACAGCACAAAGCUAAGCUAUUCCAAUGCUUUCCCUUGAUGUUCUGCCUUUAGAAAGCAUACUGGCCCACAAAGUUUUU